CCGAGCGCCGUUGUCACUGUUAUGGUCCUGUCAGGGCGCCGGCGUCCUGGUGCCUGGGUGGUCGCCACUGAGAGGACUUUCGUGGGUCAGUUUCUGAGGCAGCACCGCGGCCCUCUGCGCUAGUCUUUUGCUUCGCCCGCAACCUGCAGCUCGCGGCUCGCAGGCCGCACCGUAGGGCUAGUGUGCGAGUCGGCGUCGCUGCCGCCUUGGGGCCUGGGCCCAGCCGCAGCCUCCUCCACCGCUGCCGGCUCGGAGGGGCCGCGAGAUGCAGCCGCCGGGCCCGCCCCCGGCGUAUGCCCCCACUAACGGGGACUUCACCUUUGUCUCCUCGGCAGAUGCGGAAGAUCUCAGUGGUUCAAUAGCAUCCCCAGAUGUCAAAUUAAACCUUGGUGGAGAUUUUAUCAAAGAAUCUACAGCUACUACAUUUCUGAGACAAAGAGGGUAUGGCUGGCUUUUGGAAGUCGAAGAUGAUGAUCCUGAAGAUAACAAACCACUCUUGGAAGAAUUGGAUAUCGAUCUAAAGGAUAUUUACUACAAAAUCCGAUGUGUUUUGAUGCCAAUGCCAUCACUUGGUUUUAACAGACAAGUGGUGAGAGACAAUCCUGACUUUUGGGGUCCUCUGGCUGUUGUUCUUUUCUUUUCCAUGAUAUCAUUAUAUGGACAGUUUAGGGUGGUCUCAUGGAUUAUAACCAUUUGGAUAUUUGGUUCACUAACAAUUUUCUUACUGGCCAGAGUUCUUGGUGGAGAAGUUGCAUAUGGGCAAGUUCUUGGAGUUAUAGGAUAUUCAUUACUUCCUCUCAUUGUAAUAGCUCCUAUACUUUUGGUGGUUGGCUCAUUUGAAGUGGUGUCUACACUUAUAAAACUGUUUGGUGUGUUUUGGGCUGCCUACAGUGCUGCUUCAUUGUUAGUGGGUGAAGAAUUCAAGACCAAAAAGCCUCUCCUGAUUUAUCCAAUCUUUUUAUUAUACAUUUAUUUUUUGUCUUUAUAUACUGGGGUGUGAUCCAAGUCAUACAUGAAUAGAAAAGACAAUGUUAAAUUUGUGUGUAGGCUGGGAAUUCUUCUUGAAGGAAUUGGAGAAAACCUAUUGCUGAUAAAAUUUUACAUGUUCCAGAUAGAUGUAAAGACAGGUUUAAGGGUUUAAGGUCUUUUUAAAACAAUAUUUUUUGUAUUUAAUUAAGCAAUUGCAGUUAUCUGGGAUUUUCGUUCAGAAUUCUAAAUUCUGUUUGAUUCUUCAUAUUCCAGUGAAUAAAAUAUAAAAGCAUUGUGUUUUUAAGAUUGUGUCAAUAUUCACCUAAAAGCUUGUGCCAAAAGCACCUGGAUUGAUAAUUAUAUUUUACUUGAAGGGUAAUUUGACAACAUCCUGAUAAUCUAAAAGUGCAGGUUUUUUUCUUUAAAGUGUUUUCUCUAGCAUCUCAGAUCCUGUAGAUAUAUAUUUAUAUUUAUACAUAAUAUUUAUGAAAUAAUUCUUAUUAUUCACAACAUAUAUUUCUGAAUAGCCUAAAAAUUAAGAUAUUAAUUCUGAUGCUCAAACUUUUUUUUAAUUUGGCCAUAAAUCUUUUUCAUUUAAAUUUUAAAAUUUGUUUUUUAAAUUGUAUAUAAUUUUUAAAAUCUUAUACAUGCUUUAGUACUUCCUUAUUAGGACUUCUUAAUAAUAAUAAUUACUAAAACUAAUUUUAGUAAUUGCUGAUAUAGAUUUGGUUUGUUUGGGUAUACUUUUAAAAACCAUUUUUGAAUGACCAAACAUCUAAUUUAAAGUUUCUGUUUACCUUUUUUACCAAAGGAGCAAAAGGUAUAGUGGAUAUGGCAUUCAUUACAAUCGUCAAUCUGUACAAAAAACAGUAAUAUUUAAAGCAUCAGUAAAUAUUUUUAAGUGGUACUCUUAAAUCAGAAAAGUUUCGAGAAAGAGACCUUUAAAAUCUUGUGGUCCUGAACAAUGUUAUAUGAAGUAGAAAAAAUAAAACGCUUCCCAGCUGUGUGUUUUGUUUUCUAGCAUCUUGCCCUGUAGUACUUGAUAUUUUAACAAGUAUCAGGUACUCUUCACAAAUGUGCAAUUUUUGCUAAGAGAAAUAUUAAGAAAAUUUUAUUAGUAAAAUUUUUGUUGCAAAUAAUUUCAUAGGUUUUAGAUAUAUUUUUAGUUAAUAUUACUUUGUAAAGUAGAUAAAAUAUUUUAUGUCCAUAAAAUAGCUAGUGUCUAUUGACUGUUAGCAAAUUAUUGUUUUAUCCUUUCUGCUUUCAACCUGGAACAGUUAACAGCUGUUCUCAAUAUGAUACUAUGGCCACAUUUUGGUUAUGUUUUUCUUUAGCAAACUUAUUCAUCAGGAAAUAUGUAGCACCUCUGAAGCAAGCCUACAAAUUAACAAACCUCUCUUCCUUUCCUCUAAAGGAAAAGAAAGAAAAACUUACUUUAAGCUGCAGGAAAAGUGGAGAGUACCUUUGAAUGAGAAUAAUGUAGAAAAUUACACAUAUUGACUUGUUUAAAAACAGGCCUAGGAAAACAGAAGCACCAUAGGCAUACCACUUCUAGAACAUAAAAUAAUAUGAAGUAAUAAGGAAAGAUCUGUGGCUAUAGAAGCAGCAACUGUAAACAUUUGUUAUACUUCAGAAAUUCCUAAGGUCAAUACUUUGUUACAAUAGAGUACUAUAUUUGAUGUUCAUAUUGUUGACCCUGGAAUCUUUCCCAAAAAGCUUGGGGGUCAGGACCAGGGGGUCGAAUUUUGCCAAGCAAUAAAUCAAGGUGUUUUGGGACCACCUCUAUCAAAAAUGGUUUGAUUUUUUAAAACUGUCAUUGCUUUAAGGUGUGAAUAAAAAAUUCAUUUAUAUGGA